AUGAGAGGAAAUCGCCAAAUGGAGCUCCCUGAGGACUUCUACAUUCCCAUCCCUCUGGAUACCAACAACAUCACUGCGCUGAGCCCAUUCCUUGUUCCCCAAGAUCACUUAGGGAACGUGGCUAUUUUUUAUGCAAUGUCCAUUUUUAUGUUCUUCAUAUUUACGAUCGGAACAACCAUUAAUGGCCUCACUAUAGCAUGUACUGUUCAAUAUAAGAAGCUUCGGUCUCAUCUCAACUACAUCCUGGUGAACUUGGCUGUGUCUAACCUCAUUGUUGCCUGUAUUGGGUCUUUCACCUGCUUCAUCAGCUUCUCCCAAAGAUACUUCAUUCUUGGUCCACUUGCCUGCAAGAUUGAGGGAUUUGCAGCAACACUGGGUGGUAUGGUGAGUCUGUGGUCUCUGUCUGUAAUAGCGUUUGAGAGGUGGCUUGUUGUCUGCAAGCCACUUGGAAACUUUGCCUUCAAGUCUCAACACGCUUUAGCAUGCUGCGCAGCAACCUGGUUCUUUGCAUUGGCCGCCUCAGCUCCUCCUCUGUUUGGUUGGAGUAGGUAUAUCCCAGAGGGCUUUCAGUGCUCCUGUGGACCAGACUGGUAUACAGCCAACAACAAGUACAACAAUGAGUCCUAUGUGUACUUCCUGUUUGGCUUCUGCUUUGCAGUUCCCUUCUCUGUCAUCUGUUUCUGCUACUCACAGCUGCUCUUUGUGCUGAAAUCGGCCGCAAAGGCCCAAGCUGAAUCUGCGUCCACCCAGAAGGCAGAAAGAGAGGUGACCAGGAUGGUGGUUGUCAUGGUGAUUGGUUUCCUGUUCUGCUGGGCGCCCUACGCCAUUUUUGCUGUUUGGGUUGUCAACAACCGUGGGCAGGCGUUUGACCUGAGACUGGCAACCAUACCCUCCUGUAUGUCUAAAGCCUCCACAGUUUACAACCCAAUGAUCUACAUCCUCCUCAACAAACAGCAGUUCCGUGUAUGUUUAAAGAAGAUGCUGGGAAUGAGCGCCAGCGAUGAUGAGGAUUCCUCGGCUACAUCAUCAGUCACUGAGGUUUCCAAAGUCGGACCUGCUUAG